AUGCACUACCGGCUUGGCUACAAGGAGCAGUGGGGCAAAGAGGGCCGCAACGAUCUGGAUGUCAUCAAGAAGCUUGGAGGCAAUGCUAUCCGUCUUUACCAUUCCUUCGGGUAUGGGCCACGAACUGACCACGGCAGUUUUCUGGAUGCAGCUCACAGCAAUGGCUUGAGUGUUUUGCCGGGAGUUGAUUCGGAUUUGGCGAUUCACAACUGCACCGACUUUGAUUGCUAUGAGACGGUCAAGGAGGUGAUCAAGACUGGAUUUUCCGUGGGGUUUGCAAAGGGCAAAGAAUGGCACCCUGCAAUCCACACUGUGAUUCUUUUCAAUGAGCCUGACUUUUUUGGCAACGAUCCAAAAUGCCCCAAGAAGGCAUCUUGGUGCCGGGUGAAGGCGGCGAUCUCGGCACUGGAUGGUUUGCUGGCGGCAGAGAAGGAGGCGAACAUCAGCGCAGGCCGUGUAAACCUUACAACCACAUGGUCCUUUGCGGCUCUUGACUCUAUCGAUGGAAAGUGCAAAAACUGCCCGGGAUACUUCGGGUUCCAGGACAUGCUUGCAGUGAUCGAGAAUGCAUCAAUUGCCAAGUACAUUCCUCGUACCCCAGUCAAAGAAAUUGCAGAUGCCUUCAACAAAAGGUGGGUAAACGCUCUCAACGUGCAAGCCCCUUGGACCUUCGUGAAAGAGACCAUCACCAAGAACUACGGUCCUUUUGGAAACAGGCCCUGGUUUAUCGGCGAAUUUGGAGAUCUUGGGCAGACGCAAGACGUGCUGAAGAAUGACAUCCAGGCCAUGCAUGAGUUUGCCAACUCCAGCAGCUUGUUCCUGGGAACCACCGUCUUCCAGCCCCUGCGAUGCAAGCCACACGAGAACCAGUUCGAUCGUCGAUCCGAGACCGUUCGAUCGUCCAUCGGUGAGUUCUUCCUUGCCGCAAUUUGCUGCUGUCACGUCAUUGGUCCCAUGAUUUGUUUGAUGAGGGAAAGCCAGACGAAUGGCUUGCACGCUCAGAUGUUAGACUCCAACACGAGCAAUCCACAGGGCAUCAUUCGUGACGAGAUAGAUGCAGCUGCGAAGCGGGCGCAAGCUGGCCAGAACUGGCAGAAUGGAGUGUGCACACCUGGUCAUGGAGAAUGUGCUGCAAAAGGGCGACACGAGGAAGUACCUGAGGGCUUCAUCCCUGGGGACAAUCUUUUGGCCAUCGAUGCGGGCUGCGGGCCAGGCCUGUGGCUUCGCGGACUCAGCCGCCGCUUCUCUCAUGUGAUUGCUCUGGAUCAAUCCCAGAACUUGUUGGAAAAGGCCGAUCACGGGAAAGAGGCCAAUGAGGGUGGAGAUCAAUCGAGACUUGUCGAGAUCCGUCCCGCUGUGGACCUGGGUCAGCCCUGUUCCAAGACAGAGACGGAUGGGAAGGUCUUUUGUGGGCCGGAGGUGCCUGGAACCCGAGAGAAGGCGGAUUUGGUGGCGAGCUUCAACGUUUUGAUCUCCCCGAACAAAGAAGCAAGGGAGAACAUCCUCCGUCGAGAAGCUGAAAUGUUGCGUCCAGCGCUUUGGCGGCAGGUGCCGAGCUCUACGCUGCUGUUGUUGGUGCCGAGCGCUGAGUCUUUCCGUGCAGUGCGGGCCCUCUACCAACAGCAAGGUGGAGCGGAGAGUGGGCUCGGCCAAUAUGUCGACUAUUUGUCGGAGCAUCCAGAAGAAGAAGCGCACAACGUUUUUCGGGUCUACGCACGCACCAAGCACUACACCGAGAAGGAGGCUUGUGACAUGGUGGAAAGAGUGGGCCUUUCCUGUGCAAAAGUCAUCAGCCAUCCAAUGCGGUGGAGAUAUGUUUUCCCCUUGGCAUCAGAUGAGGCCUUUGCAUGGACUUUUGAUGUAUAUAGUAUUCACACUUUUGAUGGAGGUCUUUGGCUUGAGUGUGACUGCUUUUCCUGA